AGGUGACAACACGAAACAAAUGUCGGUCCGCCAGCGAGUUGUCAACAAAAUUAUGUGGCUCGACGACACAAAUCCGCCCGAAUAGUCGGACAGCAGACAAUGCCGUAGCGAUGGACACUGAGGACCUGAAAAACUUCCUCAGCGUGUCCGCAUCGCUGUGCGCUAUUUUACAGUUUUUAACUGGCAUCUUGGUGUGUCAGAAGGUGGUGCAGAAUAAAAGCACCGGCGACAAUUCCGCAUUUCCAUUUGUCAGUGGAUGCCUGUCCACUGCUUUGUGGCUGAGAUAUGGGUUCUUGAUUGAGGAUCGGUCCAUCAUUUUAGUCAAUACUGUUGGAUCCGCACUUUUUGUUGGAUACGUUGUCGUUUUUUAUAUAUAUAGUGUUAAGACGGAAUUUAUAGUGAGACAAAUUCUAGUUUGUGGCCUGUUCCUGCUGCUGACCCUUUUGUAUGUGGAACGCGCCACCCAGGUGACGGAAGCCCAGAAUCAUCUGGGCGUGAUUUGUACGGCGGUGACGAUUCUGUUUUUCGCCGCACCUCUUUCGUCGCUUUUGCAUGUGAUUAAGGUGAAAAAUACGGAAAGCUUGCCCUAUCCUAUUAUACUGGCGUCGUUCGUCGUCUGUCUCCAAUGGCUCGUUUACGGGUAUCUGUUGGAGGACAUGUUUAUACAGAUUCCGAAUUUUCUAGGCGCUUUGCUCUCUGGUUUCCAGCUGAGUUUGUUCUAUGUCUACCCAAAUGUUAAGUCAAAAGUGUAUGCAAAUGAUAUAAUAUAAGCAUAAAAACAGUUAUGGACUCAAAUCAAGCUGUGUGAAAUUUGAGAUGUGCUACUUAUCUAGUGAAUAAUGCGUGUAAAUCGUCCAGAAAAUUUGUAUUUCAAAUUUUACAAAGCACCAGAGUAUUAAUGUAUUUAUAUUAUGUUAUACUUGUAUGAAAUAAAAUUUUAUUCUAGGUUA